AUGGUGUAUCUGCUCCAAAAUCAGAAGUUAACUGGACAUAUUGAAGAACAAGCAUCAGUUGGGAAUGCUAGAGCUUUAAAUGCAAUAUUUAAUGGUAUCGAUCUAAAUGGUAUCAAACUUAUAAACUCUUGUAUUACAACCAAAGAAGCAUGGACAAUAUUGGAAGUUGCUUAUGAAGAUUACAAUAAGAGAGUUUUGGAAAUUGCUAAUGAAUUACUGUUGCUUGGUGAGAAAAUUCCUGAAUCUAAGAUUGUGCGCAAAGUACUACGAUCGUUGCUAGGAAAAUUAGACAUGAAAGUCACUACCAUAGAGGAAGCACACAAUAUAACUAAAUUAAAACUAGAUGAGUUAUUUGGGUCUCUGCUUACGUUCGAGAUGGCUAUAUCUCAUAGAGAGAAUAAGAAAGACAAAGGGAUCACUUUUAACUCUGUCUAUGAAGAAGAGACAACAAUAAAUCAAUCUGAUAAUGAAGCAAACAUGAAUGAAUCAAUAGCUCUUCUAACAAAACAAAAUGGUGGUGAGAUCAAUACAAGAAGGUAUAACAAAGUUUCGAACAGGAGUGACAGUGACGAUGGAAGGAAAAAGGAGGGUGAGGGAAGGUUUUUCAGAUGUAGAGAAUGUGGGGGAGUUGGUCAUUAUCAAGUUGAAUGUCCCACAUUUUUAAGAAGACAAAAGAAAAUUUUUCGUGCUACUUUGUCAGAUGAGGACAUUGAUGAUAGUGAAGAAGAUAAUGGCAUGAAUGCAUUCACAGAAGAUUCUGAAGCCAGAGAAAUACAAAAAGAAAGAAUUCAAGAUCUUAUGGAAGAAAAUGAACGAUUAAUGUCUGUCAUAUCAUCUCUGAAGUUAAAAUUGAAAGAAGUCCAGAAUGAAUAUGACUAG